GCCUGAACUCCAGGAGGAGGCUGUCCUUGGUGUCCUGAUACCCUGGCUUCCUUUCAUGAAGACACAAAUGCCAGUGAGGUGCAGAGUGGAAGGAAGACCCUCUAUGGUGCAUGGGACCUGCCCAUACCGAGAGCAUGAGGUGCCCCUCAUUUUGCCAGGUGAGUGCUCACACCUCUGCGGUGGAUGCAGCGGCUCGAGAAGAAUUCGAGUGGGUCCUCAGCUCCAUGUGCCAGAAGCUCAAAUCCCAGAAGUACAAUGGCAGCUACUUUGAUCGAGGGGCAGAGGCCAGUGAGCGGCUCUUUACUCCGGAAGACUGGUUCUCCUGCCAGGGCCCCUUUGACCUGGAGAGCUGUCUUUCCAAACACUCCAUCAACCCCUAUGGCAACAGGGAGAGCUGGAUCCUCUUCAGCACCUGGAACCUGGAUCAUAUCUGGCGAGCAAUGCAGAUUUGGACCCCACCCAGGAUCAAGAAGGCCUCCGGGGGUCUGGUGUGGACUCUCCAUGAGAAAGAGUACCCUGGCUCUGACCUCCAGACUCCUUGGGAAAUCGAUACAGGAAGGACCACUGCACGUGAUACGGAUACGGCGGUGACGUCAGACGCGGCAGUGACGGCGGCGGCGGCGGCGGCGUUGGCGGGCGCACGAUUGAGACGGCGAAGGAGCGUUGGGUCCGGGGCGCUCACUCAUGAGGAGCCGGAAGUGCGGGCAGCAAACUGCAGCUGCCAUCCUGGGCUCCCAGGUUCCUGUGUAUCCAUAAGGCCACAACUCAGAGGAUCUGCCACCAGCCUCUUCAUCUUGUCCUUCCAUGAGCAGACGAGAGUUCAGAAAAAUGCAUUUCAGAGCCAAAGAGGAUGAGGAUGAGGACGACGCCGAGAUGUAGUGUGGGUCUUCCCCUGUCGUGUUCAGCAGACGGCUCAGCGAGUCUGAAGAUCUCUGGAUGGCGUCUCCAAGAGAACACACUGUCAGUUGAACACAGAAUUGACACGAGGUCACCAGCGCCAACACCCGGCCCCUACGGAAAGGACAGCCCUCAGAAACAUGGAAGACCACACAUUGUGAACAGUGUGCGUCCGUGACUGUAGGACAGGCACAGAAAGCUCCACCACGCUGUCCUGAGGCACUGCUGCGCACGGCUGUGAAGACGGACUCAGCUGGGGCAAUGGGUCGGUCACCGGCUGCUGUUAUUGUGCGCUUGGCUCCACCUUUCUCGAUACGGAUACGUGCACGCUUUUUAGACAUGUCUAUUUUUCAAAAUAUCUUUAAUGUAUUAAAAAUGUAAAAAUAUAUAAACAUUAUAAAAGAUAUAAAAUAUACUUGCUUUUAAAAAGAAAACUCAGGCUGGGGCUUCUAGAGUGACAAAAUGUAAGGGUAAUAGCCCCAUCACCACUGCAUCACCUCAGAGUGCCUUUGCUUGCGAGCAGGCCGCUGCUUCUUGGAUCCUGCCUGGGGCCGGUAGAUCUUACUACGGUCACACUGCAGCUUGUGCGUGGUCUUCUUGUGGCAGGCGCUGUGCACCAGCUUCAGGUUCUCGGCCGUGAAGAGCAGGCUGUAGAAAUAUUCCCAGUUUACUACCCACCCAUCCUGGACUGCUUCCACCAGCGUGGGUACCAUGCUUCUCUGUUCUGCUGCGAAGCGGGGUCUGGAGAGAUGGCUCUAUGGUUAAGAGUGCUGACUGCUCUUCCAGAGGACCCAGGUUCAAUUCCUACCACCCACAUGGUUGUUAACAGCUGUCUAUAACUCCAAGAUCUGACACCCUCAG